GCAACCCAACCCCUUUUAAACACACACACAAGAACCAAACCAAACACGCAUCAUCAUCAGAAGAUCCCUAAAUUCCAGGAAGUGAGAAGAUAAAUAUCUCAAAAUCUAAAUCUUCAAGCAAUCGUUCAAAGUUCCAAGCUUUUGAUCAUCUCACACGCUAUCUCUGUAUUCAUCUGCCUUCCGUAAUUCUGAAAAUUAUUGAAGCUUUUGGGUAUUGUUUCAAGAGAGAAGAGAUGUGUAGUUUGUCGGCGAAUAUGUUGUUACCAGCAAAGCUGAAACCAGCCAACUAUUCAGACAAAAGGAGUAACAAUAGUACAAACUCACUCCUUGUCUCCAAUACAAGACCCAAGAGGAAGAACCAAUCCAUUGUUCCCAUGGCAAGAUUAUUUGGACCGGCCAUCUUCGAAUCAUCAAAGUUGAAAGUGUUGUUUUUAGGGGUUGAUGAGAAGAAACAUCCACCAACGCUUCCAAGAACUUACACUCUCACUCACAGUGACAUUACAGCUAAACUUACUUUAGCUAUUUCUCACUCCAUUAACAAUUCUCAGUUGCAAGGAUGGGCAAAUAGAAUAUACAGAGAUGAAGUGGUAGCAGAGUGGAAGAAAGUGAAAGGGAACAUGUCUCUUCACGUUCACUGUCACAUAAGCGGUGGCCAUUUCCUCUUAGAUCUUUUCGCAAAGUUUAGAUACUACAUCUUUUGCAAAGAACUACCUGUUGUGUUGAAGGCUUUUGUUCAUGGAGAUGGAAACUUAUUAAACAGCUAUCCGGAGUUACAAGAAGCUCUUGUUUGGGUUUAUUUCCAUUCUAAUGUCGAUGAGUUCAACAGAGUGGAGUGUUGGGGCCGGCUUUGGGAAGCUACUUCGCAUGAUGGUCACAGGACUCAGACUCUUCCUGAGAGUCGGUGCAAGGAGGAGUGUAGCUGUUGUUUCCCACCGGUUAGCUCGAUUCCGUGGUCUCAUAGUCUUAGUAAUGAAGGUGUUACUGACUACUCUGGGACACAGGCCAAUGGAAUAUCAACUCCUAGUCCGGAGAAACUCUAGUGAUUCACAACCAAUAUACAAGUUUUUCUUUUUUAUGAAAACCUUUUGGUAGAUCUAAUAUUGGUCUGGUUGGUUUGGUGUACACAAUGUGGUAUAUGAAAAUUUGUUUGUAGGUUAAAUAGUACUAAAGUAAGUUAAAAAUG